GGAUUAAUAAGUUCAGUUUCAACUUGAUUAUACAUUUUGUAUUUGCAUCGUUUGCUUUGUUUUAUAAAUUUCUAUUUUAAUUAAUGACAACAUAUGUAAGAGUUCUUUUUGUAGAUAACCGACAAGACGAGCUCAACACCGUGGGGUGGCAAUCCACUAUGAAGAGUGGGGCCACCAAUUUUCGCUUUGCUUUAGAAAAAUAGGCUUACACAAAAAUAAUGGCAUUCCCUAAAUACCUUUUGUUUUGGCUGAAUAUUUCCUAAAGCAUUAAUCCUCCUAGCAUUUUGGUUUCUUUCCUGAGAAGUUUGAAGGCUGAAGUAGUGAAAAGUUUUCUUCUUCCUUGUUUAAGUAUUUUUAGUUGAAAAGUUGUCGCUGUGACUGAGUUUACUGCUAGUAUAUCCAUCUUUCAAAGUGGUUGGAGAAUUUGCAAGAUUCUGAAUGGAUAAAAGGCUAAGAAAGGGGAAGAAAAAAAUACAAGUAAAACAAGAAAAGGGGACAUUGAAGAUCAAAUAAGGUGAAUAGCAAGGAGAAUUGGAAGCAAGUGCAAUUAAUUCCUCAAUUUACUUUAUUGCGAAGUUGGGGGCAAUUGUUUCCUUGUCACUUACCCACUAGUGUGCCAACGAGAUAGGAUGGACGUAUUGACGGGAUGCACGGGCUCCGUUGCAGCUGAAGUUGUAAAAUGCACAGCAAAGCCCGUCAUACGUCAUGUUGGUUAUUUGUUCCGUUUCAAGAAAACAUUUGUUGAUCUUACCGAAGCAAAAACAGACCUGAAAUCAGAGCAGCAAAAGGUGCGAGAGGCUAUCGAUCGAGCUGCAAUGAACACUGAGGUUGUUGAGAAGGAUGUAGAAACGUGGUUGGCAAAUGUGGACAAACUCUUGGCAAAAGUACAGGCUUUUGAAAAUAAAGUACAAGAAAACUCGAGGCUCUGUAACGGCUGGUGUCCUGAUUGCAUUCGGCAAUACAAGUUAUGUAAGGAAGCCAUACAGAAGACAAAAGCUGUCAAAGAACUCCAAGCAGAUAGGGGCAAAUUUUCUGAAUUGACCCAUCGUGCUCCGACUCCCGGCAUAGAGAUCUUUUCAUCUAGUGAUUUCGAGGUGUUUAAAUCAACAAAAUUGGCUUUCCAACAAAUUAUGGAGGCAUUGCAUGAUGAUAACAAUAAAAGGAUUGGACUGCAUGGAAUAGGGGGGGUUGGUAAAACAACCCUGGUGAAGGAAGUAUUCAAGAAAGUCAAAGAAUUGAAUAUUUUCAAUGAAACUGUGAUGAUUGUUGUGUCCCGGACUCCCGACGUUAGAAAAAUUCAAGGUGAAAUUGCAGAUUGUUUACAAUUGAAACUUGAAGAGGAGAGUGAUACUGCAAGAGCAAAUCGAAUAUGCUUAAGAAUAAAGAAUGUUGAGAAGAUCCUCAUAAUUGUGGAUGAUGUGUGGACCGAUGUCAAGUUAGAAGAUUAUGGAAUUCCAUCUUGUGAUGAUCACAGGGGUUGCAAGAUUCUUUUGACUACUCGAAGUGUGUAUGUAUGCAAUUUAAUGCGUUGUCAAUGGAAAAUUCCAUUAAAUUUCUUAGUGGAGGAAGAAUCAUUAGCUUUGAUGAAAAAAACCGCUAUAGUUGAUGAUUGCCCAGGCUUGAAUGAUGAUGUGGUACUAGAAGUUGUUAAAGAAUGCAAAGGUUUGCCUAUAGCAAUCACUACAGUGGGAAAGGCUCUUACAGGAAAAUCUCUCAAUGAAUGGAAAGUGGCAAUGCGUCAACUAAGAAAGUCUAGACUUGUUGAUAUUGAAGGUGUUGAUAAAGAUAAAAAUGCUUAUGCAUGUCUUAAGUGGAGUUAUGAUCAAUUAAAACUCAAAACCAAGUUAUGCUUUUUGUUGUGUUCUUUAUUUCCAGAAGAUUAUAAUAUUCCUAUUGAGGAAUUGACUAGAUAUGCCAUGGGACUAGAGGAAGAUGAAGAUUUUCACUCACUUGAUGAAGCAAGGAGCCAAGUGCGUGCAGCAAUCAAUAGCCUCAAAGAUUCUUCUUUACUACUAGAAGGUUCUAGAAAAGAAUUUGUGAAGAUGCAUGACAUGGUUCGUGAUAUUGGGUUAUGGAUCACAUCAAAAGGGGAAAAUGAAUUCGAGCUAAGAGCCUGCACUCGUUUAGAGAGAAACACAAACUUAGAAGGAGCCACAGCAAUCUCCUUGAUCGGUUACAACACCGAACAACUUCCCGACAACUUGGUAUGUCCAAGACUCAACAUUUUGUUAUUGGGUGGAAUUCGAAGUUCCAAAGAAAUCUCUAACACUUUGUUUGAAGGGAUGAAUUGUCUCAAGGUUUUAAAACUACAUGGCAAAAUCUUAUCAUCACAAUCACUCGAAUUAUUGACAAACCUUCGAACCUUACAUUUGAAUGGUUGCAAUUUCAGUGAUGACCUCUCUUCAUUGGGAAAGCUAAAGAGACUUGAGACUUUGAGCUUUUACAGAUGUGGAAUGGUUGCAUUGCCAAGUGAAUUAGGGGAAAUGGUGAGUUUAAAAAUGCUAGAUUUGACGGAUUGUUAUAAACUGGAACGGAUUCCACCAAAUGUGAUAGGAAGAUUAUCCCAAUUAGAAGAACUAAUCAUUAUUUGCAGCUUCAAGAAUUGGGAUGUUGAAGGGACAACCUCAGAAAUAAGCAACGCUAACUUAUCAGAGUUGAACUCAUUACGCCGCUUGGUUAUUCUCUCUCUACGGUUGAACUCGAAUCAUUUACCCAAAGGCUUUGUUUUCCCGGACUUGCAUAGAUAUUACAUAUCGAUUGACUGCCCGUUCUGGACUUAUGUGACACCUAACGACUGUGGUAGUUUAACAUGUAUUAACUCAAGAACCUUAGAAAUCAAAGAUUUGAAUGCCUCCUCAAUGAACGCAUUGAAGUCAUUGUUCCGUACCGUGGAAUAUAUUUGGAUCGAGUCUUGUGAGAUGGAAUGCAUUGUUGAUACAAUUGAGGGAAAUCAUACCGCUACAUUCGGUAAUUUGGUCGUACUAUAUCUAAAGGAAAUGAGCUGUAUGAGAACAAUAUGUGAGGGGCCCAACCAGUAUGAAAUCUUCAGCAAUCUCCCAGUUUUAGACGCACAUGGAUGCCCAAGAUUGAUCAGUCUCCUCUCGCUGUCCCUUGCUCAAAGUCUAAAAAAGCUGAAAGAACUAUAUAUUUUCGAAUGCGAUGAAAUGAAGCAAAUAAUUUCAGAGGAGGGAAUGAUAUUGGAGAGUCAUGGUCAACCAAUAUGUCUCCCAAAAUUAGAGACUCUUUGGGUAACGAAUUGCGGAGAACUGGAAUAUAUCUUUCCUAUAUCAGUUGCUCGAGGUCUUCAGCAACUAGAAAGGCUACUCUUACGAGAACUUCCUCGAUUAAAGAAAGUAUUCGGCCAUUGGAGAAGUUGGGGAUUGCGAAAUAGAGAGUCACCAUCAAACUACAGGCUUCCCAAAAUUAAAGACUAUUGAGGUAGUGAAUUGCGAAAAUCUGGAAUAUAUAUUUCCGAUCUCAAUUGCUCGAGAUCUUCCCCAACUAGAAAGUCUAACAUUAGAAGAUCUUCCUCAAUUAAA